AUCUAGGAUGUCCACUAUGGAAAAAGAAGAGGUCCUGGCGGCCUGGUGUUUGGUGUCUUGCUGCAUGUUGAUGAAGUCUCGUACUUCCACACCGUCAGCUGAGGUUACAGUGGUGGAGCAGUGAGGGGGCAGCGUCCUUUUCGCGUUCGAUCGCGAGAUUUCCCCCGAGAUUCCGUUUCAAACAUGGCUUCCGAGACAGAGGCGGGCGGUGUGUCUGUGGCGGAGGGAGAAACAGGGGAAGGAGAUGCACCAUUUGGUGACCUAACAUCGAACAUAGAAACGGAAUCAGCCAACAGCAAGGAGACUAUGGAUGCGGCUGGCGAGGGCCCAGAGACUGCAGACACUCAGACGGGCUCAGGAGAUGAGGAGAGUGGCCGGCAGCUGGGUGAGGUGGAGCUGCAGUGUGCAUUGUGCAUGAAGUGGUUCACUGCUGACACCUUCGGCAUUGACACUGCAACCUGCCUUCCGUUCAUGACCAAUUAUGUGUUCCACUGCAACGUAUGUCAUCACAGUGGAAAUACGUACUUCUUGAGGAAACAAGCAAACUUGAAGGAGAUGUGCCUCACAGCUUUGGCUAAUCUGACAUGGAGGUCAAGGACUCAAGAGGAGCACCCAAAGACCAUGUUUUCGAAAGAUAAGGACAUCAUACCAUUCAUUGAUAAAUACUGGGAGUGCAUGACAACUCGCCAGAGACCAGGAAAGCUAACGUGGCCAAACAACAUAGUGAAGACGAUGAGUAAAGAACGUGAUGUGUUCCUUGUGAAGGAACAUCCUGACCCUGGCAGUAAAGAUCCUGAGGAGGAAUAUCCCAAGUUUGGUCUCCUUGAUCAGGACUUGGGCAACAUUGGACCCUCGUAUGACAACCAAAAGCAAACUACUACUGUCACAGCUGCUGGCAAUCUUAAUGGUGGAUCAUCAUUUUCAGGUGGGCUUCCACCUCCUGGCACAGGAAAAGGCAGGGGGGCCAAACGCAAGCAGCAACAGCAACAAGACGGAGCCACUGCGGGAACAGCCAAGAGGACCCGCAGUGACCCUUUGUUUUCGGCCCAGCGGUUGCCUCCUCAUGGCUACCCUCUUGAGCACCCCUUCAACAAAGACGGUUAUCGCUACAUCCUGGCUGAACCGGACCCCCAUGCGCCUGAUCCAGAGAAGCUGGAGUUGGAUUGUUGGGCAGGGAAGCCCAUCCCUGGAGACUUGUACAGGGCAUGUCUUUAUGAGAGAGUGCUGCUAGCUCUGCAUGACCGAGCACCCCAGCUGAAGAUCUCUGACGACCGCCUUACUGUGACCGGAGAGAAGGGCUACUCGAUGGUGCGAGCUUCUCAUGGAGUUCGAAAGGGUGCCUGGUAUUUUGAGGUGUCCAUAGACGACAUGCCCCCUGACACUGCAGCCCGACUCGGCUGGUCCCAGCCUUUAGGUAAUCUUCAGGCUCCGUUGGGCUAUGAUAAGUUCAGCUACUCGUGGCGCAGCAAGAAGGGCACCCGUUUCCAUCAGUCUAUUGGAAAGCACUACUCUGAUGGCUACGGCCAAGGAGACAUCCUGGGCUUCUUCAUUGAGCUACCAGACGAUACAGAGAUUGCAAAGGCCUUGCCAGAUACAUACAAGGAUAAAGCACUGAUCAAAUUCAAAAGCUACCUCUACUUUGAAGAGAAGGAUUAUGUGGACAAGGCAGAGAAGAGCCUAAAGGCAGUUAGUAGUAGUCGAAUGAUUUUUUACAAGAAUGGAGUGAGCCAGGGCAUGGCUUUUGACAACCUGUUUGAGGGCAUGUAUUUCCCUGCCAUAUCCCUUUACAAAAGCUGCACGGUGUCUGUUAAUUUUGGACCACAUUUCAAGUACCCUCCAAAGGAUGUCAAGUAUCAACCAAUGAGUGAUAUGGGCUGGGGUGCGGUGAUUGAGCACACUCUGGCAGACAUACUCUACCACGUGGAGACGGAGGUGGAUGGCCGGCGCAGUCCUCCGUGGGAAGGUUAAAUGCUGCUCUCAUACAGUCUUCAAACACAUAGUGUGAUGCCAAACCCCAUGUCCAGGAGCUGGUACCCCCACAGCGCACAGCUUCUUUGUACAACACAUGGACCUGGGUCACUAUUUCACUUUCAUUGAUGUAACUCAAUCUGGUUGUUGUUUGUGCAGUCCUCAUAGACGAGUAAAACUAAGGUUUGAAGAAUUUU